UGCCUCCGGAAGGGAAGAGAGAUCCCUGCAACUUUGAGCUGGCUGGACAAAGCGGAGGAGCCGCCGCUCCCCGCGCCGGCCGGCUUGGGACUGGGCGUGGGGCAAAGGGGCUGGCGCGCGCGAGAGAGACACAGCUCCAGCCACCCCGGGGCUUUGGUUGCGCCGGGGAUUGGGCCGGCUGGGCAGCGCCUCGCCCUCCAAGCAGAGCGGCGAGUUUGUGGAGAGCGGCGAGCGAGCCGCGCAUUGCAAUCAGGGAACCCCAGCUGGGAGCAGAGGCGGCGGCGGCGGCUGCUGGGGGAUCCGUUAGAAACUAGCAAUCCCCCCACCACCCAAAAAAACCCCCAUUGCACCAGCCCCCGGCUCUGCUGGGGGAAGGGCGGAGGGACUCGCGGUGGGGUGGCACGGCUGCGAUUGCCGCGCUCUCUCUCCAGAUGCUGGUUUCGGAAGCACUUGGCAGGCACCAGGCAGGAGCCUGGAGGCGGCGGCUGUAGCCGCGGCGGCAGCAAUGGGAGCCGGCUGCUGAGGGGCGCCCGGCCGAGGGGAGCGCCCGGCGCCGGAGCCCCGGCAGGUGGCACCCGCGGCGGGGGCCCAUGCGGUGACCGCGCCGAGCCGCGGGUGCCCCCAGGCUGCAGUUGCGGCUGGAGGAGCCGGAGGAGGGUCUCGCUUGUCGGUGGCGCCCGGGGAUGGGUCCCCGCCGCGGCUGAGCCCCAGCGCCCGCCCAGCCCCUGUCUCCGCUCCGGCCGGCCGGUGAGCCGGGAGCCGCCCGCCGGGAGCAGCCAUGGCCGCGGCCAUCGCCAGCGGCUUGAUCCGCCAGAAGCGGCAAGCGAGGGAGCAGCACUGGGACCGGCCCUCGGCCAGCAGGAGGCGGAGCAGCCCCAGUAAGAACCGGGGGCUCUGCAAUGGCAACCUGGUGGAUAUUUUCUCCAAGGUCCGCAUCUUCGGGCUGAAGAAGAGAAGGUUGCGGCGCCAAGAUCCCCAGCUCAAGGGUAUAGUGACCAGGUUAUAUUGCAGGCAAGGCUACUACUUGCAAAUGCACCCCGAUGGAACUCUCGAUGGAACCAAGGAUGACAGCAGUAAUUCUACACUAUUCAACCUUAUACCAGUGGGACUACGAGUUGUCGCUAUCCAGGGUGUAAAGACAGGGUUGUAUAUAGCCCUAAAUGGAGAAGGUUUCCUCUACACAUCAGAACUUUUUACGCCGGAGUGCAAGUUUAAGGAGUCGGUUUAUGAAAAUUAUUAUGUAAUCUACUCAUCCAUGCUCUACAGACAACAAGAGUCGGGUAGGGCCUGGUUCCUGGGGCUUAAUAAGGAAGGGCAGGUCAUGAAAGGAAACAGAGUGAAGAAAACAAAACCAGCAGCUCAUUUUCUACCCAAGCCAUUGGAAGUUGCCAUGUAUCGAGAACCAUCCUUGCAUGAUGUUGGAGAAACAGUGCCAAAGGCUGGGGUAACUCCAAGUAAAAGCACAAGUGCAUCUGCAAUAAUGAAUGGAGGCAAACCAGUGAACAAGAGUAAGACGACAUAGCCAGAUCCUCACAGGUGUUGUGACUUAUUGAGCCCUGAGUACAGUUGAGCAAUUUAUCCUUGCCGGACUCUCCGACUUCAGUGUCUGUGGAUCAGCUUGAGGCAAGUGAAUACUUGCUCUUUGCUGUUUCUGAACUAAAUUGUUGCAAGUGGAUAAAUCUCAACAUGUAGCUCCUCCCACAACAAGAAGACACCUGGAUAACCAGCUAAACUCAGACCAUGGAAUGCCCUACCAGAUAUGGAAUGCCUUUUUAAUAUCUUUUCUGUGACUGUGACACUUCAUGUGAAUGACAUACUUCACAAGUACACUUGAUACCUUGCCUGCUGACAGUUACCCAUAAUCCCUUUUUGAGUCCAGUUUCAGCGAAAUCCAUGUGUUUAAGUUCUAUUUUGUAGCACACAGAUAAUAUCAAGUAAUUUCUAGUUAGACGCUGUAAACCUGUGCUGUUAUGGAUUUCUCUUCUUCCCUUUUUUUUACAAGGCUGCUUGCUCCACUGUCUGUGACCUUUUGCAGGGAUUGUGGUUCUCUAAACUUAAAUGUUGCAGGUGGCUUAGUUCUGAAAGCAAUCAGGGAAUCAGGAAGCCUUCAAAAACCUAUUAUUAUGAAUUAUAUCUAUGAAGACUAGGAUCAUUGUCUCCGACGUAGAAUAUUGAUAAAUGUGAAUACACUUUAGUAACCAGUACCAUGCUCCUGAGGUUGGCAUUAUUGUGGUGGGAAAAGUGUCAAACACGACCAGUAGAAAAAUUUUUGAGACUAGUGUUUGACAUCUCCCUAUAGUUUCUUUUUGUGUGUGUGUUUUAUACAUAUCACAGGCUUACUGGUAAUGGUAACAUUUGCCUUGCCCAGCGAGCAAGACCCACUCAUUUUUGGGAAAGUGGGUCCAAAGAACUCUGUAGGCCUUGUAGGCCUGAAUUAAGGCUCAUUUUUCACCUACUAAUCAUCAUUGUUUGAAAAACAAUAAUUAAGACUAACAAGAAUUGCGCUACCUAAAUCCAGUUCAGAUCUAAUCCUUUCCUGUUUUUAAUUAACUGAAUUUAAUGCCAUCAUUAUUUUGGCUGUUUCCCACUCUUCCUCAGCAAAGCACGGGCAAGGAUGAUGUUGUGUUCUUUUUAGCAGCACCAAUGCAAAGGGUGGUUACAAAUUAUACUUUAAAUAUAUUUAAAAUUAUACUUUUAAUUUUUUUUUAAACUGGGUCUAUUAGAAAACAUUAACAAAAAAUGUUUAGCUCAGCAUGCAGAGUCCAGUCCUAUGUAUUUCACCCUGUAACCCAUACCUCUAACCCAGCUUUUUAGGAUGUUCCCACCCAGUUGCUAGAUAAACGGUGCCUUGCCUUGCUUUCUGUAUAUUAUACAUUCUAACUAGCGGAAAUCAAACCCAUUAUGAGAUUGAGUCCUUGGAUCAUGUUCAAUUGCUUCAUGAAAAAUAUUGGUGACAUUUCACUGGUGUCAGUUAACUGUCAUGAAACCAAUUGAGAAAAAAAUAAAAUGGGUAAUAAGCUUUAGACAGUACAACAAAGAUGCCAUUGUAGUGUUAAAUACUGUAGGUAAUGAGUUUCAAAUAUUUAGUCGCAUACUUUCAAAAGACUGAAAUAAGGCUAUUCUGUGUGUGCUUAAUAGGCAUUUGCUUCUCAGAAAGGGCAACAAGUACCUGAGUUUUGGCAAACUGUGUGUGACAACCUUCUAUUGGCCUCUUGCUGUUAUCAUGUUUAAGGGAGACAGACUUCAUCCUUCCCUUUUGAGCAAUUGUAUUUACUGAAAAAAAUAAUUUUCUCAUGGCAUUACACAGAGCUCUGUGACAGGCCACCAGUUGUUUCAAAUUGCUGGCCUGUUUAGCUGCAUACUGAUUCAGUCUACAUUAACUCUCCAUGCUUUGUCAUACGGGAGGGGUUCCAUUUUAAUAAGUAACCCAGCAUAUUGUUCAAGUAGGUUAUUGUAAUGCUGCUAUGAGUCUUUUGACAGUUUUAGGUUCCUUGUUUAGAUACUGUGUAAAACAGACAAAGUUUGGGGCUUUUUAAAGAGCCGAGUGAAACAUAUCAAGUGAAGUUUGUUUGUAAGUAUUUAAACAAAGACAAAGCUACGUUAAUGCUGUGACAAAAUGUGCAUAAAGUAACUUUUGGCCCAGAUCAUCCCCUCCUCUGGUGGCUUUAAAGGAGAAAAUUUCCAUGAGACACCCCUUGUGGUGAGCCUCCCAUCUCAUCCCACCAAGAGGGGUGGGACUUGUGGGCCCCCCCCCCCCCCCGCCAAAAAAAAGGCUAUGAAGCCUCCCCUGGUGGAUCAGUAGGAGACCAGGACUACCAGAGUAGAGCUCUGCCCUGGCUCUCUGGUGGCGUCCUGGCAUUGGAGCCUCAAUGACCUCCCCGUCCCCCUCACCUCUGCUGUAGCGCCUCUUGGGAUUGGGGAAGGGGGUUAUGCGGAAAAGCUGCAUUAUCUUUUGUGUCUAAUGUUCACAGAGCUGGUGAGGGAGCCUAUGUGCAUUCUUGCCCUGUCCCACUCAGUCUCCAGCCUGCCCAGUUUGGACCCUGGACUGCACAGAGGUGGCUCUGCAGGGUCCAGAGUGUGAGAAAGUGCCACAGAAAUGCCUGAGGUGUGCCCUGAGGAUGUAGAGAGCACAAGCUGGUCCUCUGAAUUUCAGCUCUCUGGAACUGGUGUCCCACGGCCAUAUACAUCACCAUUGUCACGUUUAAACCUGACAUCUCAGGCAGCUAUUAUCUCUGCCAACCCGUUGACUAGUUACAAUUAAGGCUGAAUUUAUUUUUGUACAUGACUAGUAUGUACUGUAAAUGUAUCACCAGUUUUAUUUUUGUUUACAGGGGUUGCCUGUAAGGAUGUUUAAUCCUGUGAAUGGAUGUCUUAAAACAAUUUCUUCUAAAGUCUGUUUAAACAUAGAGCACAGGGGUCUUUGUUAUUUGUGCUUUGGUCACUCCUUUAAUUUUGUCUCUUGUCUCAUCUGUUGCAUGGGAAGAGGAUGGCAAUGAUGAACUGCAUGUAGUAGGCUAUGCGUAUCAAGAACUGUUGGUAUGUAUUACUAAAUUUACAUACAUAUAUGCAAAGAGUUGGUUUGCAUUGUACAGUUUGUGUUUAUUAUCAUUUGUUGUAUACACAGAGGCAACAUAUUGAAUAAAAUGUUUAUAUGAAGGCAUAUUGAAAAACAAAACAACUUUAUCUAACAAGCAGAAUGUGCAAAAUAACAUUGCACUGGCCACAAUAUAGUGAAACCAUGUAGCUAGGUUGGCAAACUCAAUUCUCCCCCUUUACCAUGCCAAAGAAAAUUUUAGCUCCUUGAUAUAUUACCUCUCUUGCUCCAGGAUAAGACUUCGCCAUUUUGUUCCCUCUAAAAUUAAUUUUGCUGUUAAGUGAAAACUAUUUUCAACUGUCUGUUACUACUAAAGUACUGUAUAGUAAACCUGAUGAAUUAAUUUAUAUUUACAGAUUUUGUGUUUUGUAUUUCCAUGUACAGCAAUGUAUGUGACUCUACAGUAUGCCAGACAUUUGCAUGCUGUGUUUUGUAGUGUUCCUUCCUUUCUUUUUAUUUAAUCCCAGAGAGCGUGGUUUGCACAGUGGUCCAAAAAAGAAAUCCCAAUCUCUUCACUGUCUAUCUCACUAAUGCACAGGUACGUUAAUAAUGCAGAUGGGCAUUAUCUCUUCAUUUUCCCUCUGAAACAAAAAGUUCAUUUUUAUUUCAGCAACAAUUUUGGCAAACUAUCAGUCACGCAUACACACACAGUUCUUGUGCAUCCGAUGAAGUGAGCUGUAGCUCACGAAAGCUCAUGCUCAAAUAAAUUGGUUAGUCUCUAAGGUGCCACAAGUACUCCUUUUCUUUUUGCGAAUACAGACUAACACGGCUGUUACUCUGAAACACAGUUCUUGGUAGCUAUGUACAAAUUGAAUAAAGCACUAUUUUAGUUGGGCUUAAAAAGCGUUUUAUAGAUUCACAUGAACCCUUACCAGCUUGGUCAUGUUUAUGAAAAACUACAGUAGCUUCUCCAGAAAUAUCACAAGUGGUUGGUAGCUCACUUAACACCUCUUUUGCUUCUUCUCCUAUUCUUUAAGAAAUGCUCAAAUCAACAUGUUUAUGUAUUGUCAUUUUUUCAUCCAUAUGAUUUGUAUAACAAAAUUAACCCACAAAAGAAUAAAAGGACCUUCUUUCACAGUGUAUUUACUUGAAAGAAUCUUGUAAAGCUCAUAAUUGUUUACACACAGAGGGACAAAUUCUCUGCUGCUGUAGUGUUAUAGCAGUCAGUCGAGUAGACAGAGAGAUUGACCCAUGUAUUAAAGGUGUGUCUUGUUGAUCCAUCUGUUCUGUGGUACAAAGUAGAAAUAUUCAACUCCAUUCAGGUCAGAAAACAUAGGAAAAUUAGACAUAGUAUAGUUUUGUUUAAAUGCUCCUUUGGAUAAAUUUGUGAUCUGUGCAAUACAUUUCAAGAUUUUUUCAGGAUGUCUAAUGCAAGUCCUAUGAUUUUUUUUUUUUUUUAAUGUAACAAAAUCUUUGUUCUAGAGCCCAGUUGUAAAAAUAUUCAACUUAGUUUUAUUUGUCCCUGGACUACAGUACGAAAUAUAAUUUAGAAGUAAAGUGAGUCACCAUUCCAGGAAGAAGGAGG